AAAGCAGAGGCCGGAGGGCUCGGCGGAACCCGGCCAUGUUCUGAGGGAGGCUGCAGGACCUCGCUGGGAUCCGGGUACCGCAGGUGUGCCUGAAGGAAUCGCCCUUCUGUCGGCCCUGCGAGGCGCUGGGUGAGCGGAAUCAUGGCAAGUCCAAGAACAAGGAAAGUCCUCAAGGAAGUCAGAGCACAAGAUGAAAACAAUGUCUGUUUUGAGUGUGGUGCAUUUAACCCCCAGUGGGUGAGUGUGACCUAUGGAAUUUGGAUCUGUCUGGAGUGCUCAGGAAAACACCGAGGCUUGGGAGUUCACCUCAGUUUUGUGCGUUCUGUAACCAUGGACAAGUGGAAGGAUAUUGAGCUGGAGAAAAUGAAGGCUGGAGGUAACAGCAAAUUCCGACAGUUCUUGGAGUCUCAAGAUGAUUAUGAUCCAUGCUGGACAAUGCAAGAGAAAUACAACAGCAAAGCUGCAGCUCUGUUUAGAGACCAGGUAGCUACAGUAGCUGAAGGCAAGGAGUGGUCCAUUGAAACUUCCCCUGCCAGGAACUGGACCCCGCCUCAGCCGAAAAUGUCCCUGUCCUCUGCUCACCGUUCUGCUGGACAAUCUCAAACUGCAACUGCCUCUUCUGACAAGGCUUUUGAAGACUGGUUAAAUGAUGAUGUCAGCUCCUACCAAAGUGGCCAAGAGAAUCGCUAUGUGGGGUUUGGGAACACAGUAAAUCCUCCAAAAAAAGAGGAUGACUUCCUGAACAAUGCCAUGUCCUCCUUGUACUCGGGAUGGAGCAGUUUUACAACUGGAGCAAGCAAAAUUGCCUCAGCUGCUAAAGAGGGUGCUACCAGAUUUGGAUCUCAAGCAAGUCAAAAGGCAUCAGAGUUAGGUCAGACAUUAAAUGAAAAUGUUCUCAAACCUGCACAGGAAAAGGUGAAAGAGGGGAAAAUAUUUGAGGAGGUCACCACGGGGGUAUCGCAGUUGGCCAGCAAGGUUCAGGGAGUUGGGAGUAAGGGAUGGAGAGAUGUCACCACUUUCUUUUCAGGCAAACCAGAUGAUAAUUCUGACAGACCACCUGAGGGAGACAGCUACCAGAACAGUGGAGGGGAGGGCUACCAGAACAAUGCUGUAGAUCAAAGCUUCUGGGAGACCUUUGGCAACUCAGAUGCACCAAAAGCUCAUAAAUCUCCAAGCAGCGAGAGCUGGACCUAUGUGGACAAUUCCACAGAGAAGAAGAGCUCGGAUAGCUGGGACGUGUGGGGCUCGGGAACGGUCUCCAACAAGAACAGUAACAGCGACAGCUGGGAGAACUGGGAGACCAACUGGGAGAACGCAGGAGGGGAGAGCAAGACCAGGAAACCUCCUAAGGCAACAAAAAAUGCGUGGGAUGACUUUUAGAACUCUGUUAACCCUGCUCUGCACAGCUGGGAAAGGGAGGCUGUGCUGGCUGAUGGAGGGGAGGAAGUUUUACACACACCUGGAGUAUCAUGGUUGACCUUUCUGAUCUGUUUGUGCUUCCCAUUCAUUCUCCUUCCUUCUACCCCGGUAUAGGAAAAAAAAAAAAAAGUAGCAUCUGAAUCUUUUCUUACAUAAAGGUGGCUCUCCCUUUUUUAAGGAUAGUGUUAAGUAUCUCCUUGCACUACUGGAGCUGGCUACAGCAACCUUCUUAGCACUAAUGUUAAAGGAAAGAAACCAGUGCAAGGACACUUCCAUGGCACAGCCUUGCAUGUGUAGGUUAAUAGGUGUUCAUCCAGUCCUCAUCUAAUUUGAGAUUUGGGGUGUUUAAUGCAAAUAAGGGACAGGGUGUGACUGGGAAAGACAGCCAUUAACUGGGCAAGCUGCAGAUGGAUACAUCGAGUUUCAAUGCCUUAUGGAUUGCUCUGACUGCAGGAGGUCUGGCAAUUCAAGAUGGUCUUUAACAUAUUUUUUAUUGGAGCUUUGUUUUUAAACAUUGUGACAUUAUUUUUUAUUAGUUGAAAACUUAUUUUUCUCCUUUAGAAUUCAGAAGGAAUCUAGAGCUAGAUAAUUUUUUGUGUAGACUUAAAGGUUUGACCUGAGCUCUCAAGGGAUAUCCAGAAUGGCUCUACUUACUCAAGGAAUUGAGUUUGCACUGUGCAGCUCUGCUACACAGAAAAGCAGAGCUGUGGUGUUUUCCUUCCUCACCUGAGCCCUUGCCCCAGUUUGAGUAUUUUAUGUAUUCUCUUUUUUCUCUUUCUUCCUUUUACCUUUGUAGUAUUUUAUUAAUUUUAUUAAUGCUGUUAAAAAUGAAAUCUUUCUGCUGCUUGUGUCAUUCUGGACAUCUGUUUGGCAACCUGGCAGUGAAAAAAAAAAAGAUAAAGAAAAUUCCAGCAAGAAAAAAUGGAUGGAAAAUAGAGAACAUUGAGGAAAGAGCUUGGCAGCAAACCCCUUUCAAGACGAGUAGAUGUCUGGAUUUAAUAGUAAAAUUUAAUUUAAGCAGAUGUUUUCCAAGUGAUUCUUUAGUAUGUCAAGCUGUAUCUCUUUUUGUCAUGUAUUUCUCCACAUUGUCUUCUUGGAUCUUGUUAAAGAAACACUGUUUUGGAAACUUGAGAAACUCUGUCAGCAUUAAGGACUGGAACAGGAGAUUCAGUUAUGUGUCAGUUUUGACCCAACAGAUUGCUUUGCAUGACACAAACCAUAACUUCUAGAGAAGAACUGUGACUUUUAACAUCAGAGUUAUCAUAGGUAUCCCAUUUUAUUUUGGGGGAUGGGUUGUGAAUGUACCCUCAGCACGAAAACAAUCAGCUCACUUGAAAACUCAAAUCAUGAUGUUCUCUGUGGUCUGCUUUUCCAGCAUGGAGUUCUUUCUGUGAACCCUGUGGAUCUUAUUACUUACCUAAAAGGCCUUUUCUUUUAAAAACUGGUUGAUUUGUUCAACCAACCAAAGGUGUCAAAGUUACCUUAAAUAACACUCCAUUUCUUUUACUCCUCACAGAGGUUUUUGAGCAGAUAGUAAUAGCAACAGUUUAAAAAGGAAAGAAAAUUAAUUUCCUCAUAAGUAGCAUUUUAAAGGCUUAAGUCUGAGUAGAAGUAACUCUGUUUACAGCCUCAAUCUGUAUUUCUAUUACUAGGAUCUUUCAGAUGGUGAACAGAAUAUUUUUCCAGUCUUCUCUCACCCUGCUCUGUGAGAGUUGGGAUUUCUUUUUUUCCCCCUUGCUUCUCCUGAGAGUGUGGUCUGCAGCUCGUGGUCUCUGGGUGUCUGCAGCAGGACCCAAGAGCUGCUCCAGGCUGAGCCAUUCCCAAGAUGUCCCUGGUGUCACAGACCCUUUGGAAGUGCCAAAGGCACGGGAGCUCUUGGUUUGCAAUGCUGCUCGUGGUACUGUGGGCAGCAGUUCACACCCUGACUAAAACAAGGAUUUUGUUUUCUACUUUUUCUCCAGUUCUAAGUAAACUUUGUCAUAGCUUAGCUGCAUAUCAAACAUAUCUUUGGUUUUUUAUGCUUACACCUCUGUUGCCUCCUCAUCAAUGUGGCUGCUGCCCAGUCUGAAGCUGAUUCAGCUUCUUCUGUACAAGUUUAUUACAGUUUCUCUUUCAUAAACCUCCUGAAAUGGCUCGUGGCAGGAGAAUCUUUUAUUUCAGUCCACUCAGUCACUGGUAUUGUGAUGUGUGCGUGCACAUUCUCCUCAGCUGUGAGCUUUGGCUGGGACAAAAGUGGUUUGUUUAUGUAUCACUUGCAGCCACGAUUGGCAUGAGCCAUUUGUUUGUUCUUAUUUGAUUUUUGUAGCUUUUGAAACUUUUAUCUUCUAAAUCAAAUGGACAGAACAGUUGCCAUCUCUCUUUCUGCAGUGUUGUAGGGAAGCAACAAAAUGCUGCAACUGACAGAAAGAUGUUACUGGAAGAUCCAAAUAAACCAGUAUAAUGGCAGAAAGUGUAACUGCAGACACAAAACCAGUGUGCCAGCUGGUCAGUUUGAUGGACAAAUGGGCAUUUUUUAGUGAUUUGUCUGAGCCUGAAUGUGUGAUCAUGCCUUCCAAAGGAGAGGACAAAACAAGGGCAUUUUCUUUUUGCACACCCACUGUUCUAUUGAAUUUUACUUUUUUCAGAGUAGGUGUCUGAGAGGUUUCUGCACUAUGAAGAAAUGCAUCCCAUCAAGUUGCACAUGCCAAGCAAGUGUUCACAAAUCAGACUUUUUUAUUUUUUAAUUCCUCCUCGUCUCCCCAGACCCUCCCCUUUUGGCCUGAUGAGGAGCAGAGGCAUUGAGGGCUGUGGGGUCACCGUGGGCUCUGCCUGUGCUCUCAUCCCACUCCCUGGAGUCACGGGUUUAA